AUGAAUGGAUCUACUGUUACUUAUCCAAAGACAAUUAAAACAUAUGAAAUGCAAGAAGAGCUCGGUCAUGGUGCUUUCAGUACUGUUUGCAAGGUAAUAAACAAAACAAACGGUCAACAGUACGCUUGUAAAAUUUUUCCAAAAACAAAUCUAGCGGACAAAGGUGACACAGAUCGUUUCCAGAGAGAAAUUAAUGCAAUGGCUUUCCUUCGACAUGAAAACCUUGUUGCAUUAUAUGACUUUUUCUGGGAUGACGUAAACUUUUAUAUGAUUAUUGACUACUGCCCUGGUGGAUAA